AUGUCUCCGACCAAACGCAGUCGUGGGCUCUUUGCCUGCUUCAAUGGUCGCCUUCUUUACUCAUGCGGCAUCAUUGCGCUGUCGCAGCUCAACUUUGGCAUGGACCAAAGUGCGUUUAGCAACACGCAAGCAAUGCCCGCCUUUAAACGACAAUUCGGUACCUAUGACGAAGCUACAAAGACGUAUGUUCUUGAGACGGUCUUCCUCUCUCUGUUGAACAGCGUCAACUUUGUUGGUUUUGUCUUUGGUCUUGUUUUCGGUAAUCUUACCAGCCGACGCUUUGGCCGUCGGAUCGCCAUGUUUGUCAUGUGUUUUUGGGCUCUGCUGUCGGCUGUGAUUCUCAUCACGUCGAGGACUCAAACUCAGGCAAUCACUGGACGAACGAUUGCUUAUGUCUAUAUCGGCAUGGAACUUGCUCUGGUUCCUGUACUUCAGUCUGAGCUUGUUCCAGCUGAGGCUCGUGGAUUUGUUGUUGGUACUUAUCAAUCCGGCUUAUACUUCGGUACCCUUCUCAUGGCCAUCAUCUGCCGUGGCACCAGCGAGAUUAAGGGACAUGGGUCCUGGCAAAUCCCCUACGGCCUCUUUUUCGUGAUUCCCUCGAUUUUGGCUGUCGCUGUUUGGUGGAUCCCCGAGUCGCCUCGAUGGCUGUUGACCCGCGAUCGACAGGAGGAGGCACUCAAGUCCCUCAAGCUCCUUCGCCAGGGCGCCUACACAGACGAAGAGAUCAACUCCGAGUUUGAAGACAUGCAAAGAGCCAUUAAUACUACCAUUAAGAAGGGCAGCUUUAUGGACCUGUUCCGUGGUACCAAUCUCAAGCGCACUCUCAUCACCGUUGGCGUCAACAUCUUCCUCCAGCUUACGGGUCAGAACUUUAGUUCCAAGUAUGGUACCAUUUUCAUCCAGAGCCUUGGAACGGUGAACCCUUUCGCCAUGUCGUGCAUCAACUCUUCUGUUGGCAUCGUCACGGUGUUUUUCACCCAGAUGCUGACCGACAAGACCGGCAGAGUUCCCCUUCUGGUCGCUGGUGCUUUGAUCCAGACUGCCAGUCUCAUGACCAUGGGAGGCCUUGGCACUGUUGAGAACCCCUCGCAUAGCGUCCGCACUGGCAUCGUUGUGACUGUGACACUCUUCACAUUCGGCUUCUCGCUUGGUUGGGCUCCCCUGUCGCACGUCGUCGCAGCCGAAAUCCCCACCACAGGCCUCCGAGAUCUGACCUACGCCCUCGGCUCCGUCUUCAACAUUGUCAUCCAGUGGGCCGUCGCCUUUAGCAUCCCCUACCUGAUUGACAAGUCGCACGCUGGUCUUGGGUCUAAGGUUGGCUUCAUCUUUGGCACCACCGCGUUCAUGGCGACGCUGUUUUCGUGGUUCUGCAUUCCCGAGUGUGGAGGCAAGACUCUGGAGGAGAUUGAUGAGCUCUUUGUUAGGGGCGUGCCUAUUAGCAAGUUCCGCACGGCAAAGCUCAGCUCCGACUUGGAGGGCUCUGAGAAUGUCGAGGUUUUCAAGGCGAAUGCUUCCGACAUUAGCACCACAGAGAAGGCAAGGGACCAGUGA